UAGAAAGAGUAAUAAGUGUAAGAAAAGAAUAAACGUGUAUCUUAACACUCCUCUAUUUAUAAUAGCAGAUUUAAAGAAUGAGGACAUGAACCGGACGCAUUUCCUCUACGGUUCAUCGUAUUCAUCCCCAUUCACAAACCGUCAAAAUGCUCGGCGUUUCAACCUUCCACUCGACGUCGUUGAAAACGCCGUCGCAUUCAACCACCACUCGCCUGAACCCUACAUUUCCUUUCUCCAUCUCCAUUUCCCCCUCUUUCAAUCGUUCCACCACCACAAAACCCCUCACCAUCCGUGCAAUCGACGCAGCUCAAUCAUUCGACUACGAAUCCAAAAUCGCACUUCAAUUCCACAACUCUCAAAAGCUCAAAAUCGCCAUCAUCGGUUUUGGUAACUUCGGUCAAUUCCUCGCCACCACUUUCGUCCGUCAAGGUCACACUGUUUUAGCUCAUUCCCGUUCCGAUUACUCCGCCGUCGCUCAAAACAUCGGUGUCAAAUUCUUCCCCAACGCCGAUGAUCUCUGUGAAGAACACCCCGAAGUUAUUCUUCUCUGCACUUCAAUAAUCUCAGCACAACAAGUUCUACUUUCUCUUCCAUUUCAACGACUCAAACGGAGUACAUUGUUCGUUGAUGUUCUUUCCGUCAAGGAAUUUCCUAAAAACUUUUUUCUCGAAAUUUUACCUAAUUAUUUCGAUAUAAUUUGUUCGCAUCCUAUGUUUGGACCUGAGAGUGGAAGCAGUGGCUGGAAAGGUCUUCCCUUUGUUUACGAAAAAGUUCGAAUUGGGAACAAUGAAACUAGGGUUUCGAGGUGUGAGAAGUUUCUUGAUGUGUUUGGAAGAGAAGGAUGUAGAAUGGUGGAAAUGAGUUGUGCUGAUCAUGAUAGAUAUGCUGCUGGGUCACAAUUCAUAACACAUACUGUUGGUAGGGUUUUGGGUAUGUUGACGUUGGAAUCUACUCCUAUUAAUACUAAAGGGUAUGAAUCUUUGUUGAAUUUGGUGGAGAAUACUAGUGGGGAUAGUUUUGAUCUUUAUUACGGACUUUUUAUGUUUAAUAAGAAUUCUUUGGAGAUGUUGGAGAGGUUGGAUUUAGCUUUUGAGGAUUUGAGGAAACAGCUUAUUGCUCAUUUGCAUGAUGUUGUGAGGAAUCAGUUGUUUGAAGAUGCUGUAAAGGUCCAAAAUUUGGGUGAUGAUAGCAACCAUGUAGCCAGAAAGCAUGGUCAAAAUGGAUCAGCAAUUGUGUUAUCCUCCAAAAAUCAGAGAUCUGCUGAUGCCAGACUACAUGGUUAUUACAGAUCAAAUGGUUCUGGCCAGUCGGAUGACAGCACAAAGCUCAAAAUUGCAAUCAUUGGUUUUGGCAACUUCGGUCAAUUCCUUGCAAAAACUAUUGUACGUCAUGGGCAUAAAGUGUUAGCAUACUCUAGAACAGACUACUCUGAUGUGGCUCGGGAAUUGGGAGUUUCCUAUUUCAACGAUGCAGAUGAUCUUUGUGAACAACAUCCAGAAGUGAUUUUACUUUGCACUUCAAUCCUUUCCACAGAAAAAGUUCUUAAAUCAUUGCCUGUGCAGAGGUUGAGGAGAAGUACUUUGUUUGUUGAUGUACUUUCUGUCAAAGAGUUUCCUAGAAACUUGUUUCUUCAACAUUUGCCACCUUAUUUUGACGUUCUCUGCACUCACCCUAUGUUUGGGCCUGAGAGUGGAAAAAAUGGGUGGAAGGGUCUUCCUUUUUUAUUUGAUAAAGUCAGAGUAGGAAGAGAUGAAUCAAGAAUAUCGCGGUGUGAUCUGUUUCUUGACAUUUUUUCCAAAGAAGGGUGCAGAAUGGUUGAAAUGUCAUGUGCCGAACAUGAUUGGCAUGCCGCUGGAUCACAGUUUAUCACACAUACCACAGGAAGAUUUUUAGAAAAACUGAAGUUGGAGGCAACACCAAUAGACACAAAGGGCUAUGAAACUUUAUUAAGUUUGGUGGAGAAUACUGGUGGGGAUAGCUUUGAUCUGUACUAUGGUUUGUUCUUGUAUAAUAUAAAUGCCAUGGAGCAACUGCAAAGAUUUGAUCUGGCUUUUGAGUCAUUGAAGAAGCAGCUUUUUGACCGUUUACAUGGUAUCUAUCGAAAACAGGUAUUUCAAAAUGAAGAAAAAGUCCGUGAUUUUCCAGAGAGAUCUAUGUUGCCUGAGAAAUCAGAAGACAGUAGUGUGGUAUCUUUUUCAAAUACCGUGGAUGCUAAAUGAAAUUGAUUUCCAAUAUUUACUUGUAAUUUGUAAUUGUAGUAGGCCCUGCCAUUUCUGUUUGUAUGUUCUUAAUAGUUUGUUAAUUUCUUAAAUUUCACUUCCAAUCUUUCUAAAAGUUCUUGACUGAAAUGGGAAAAUAAAAAGGAUUCUAAAACUUUGGAUA